CCCCAGUUGGGCUGGAGCCCCGGCCUUAUCAAGAGCUGUGGGGAGCCACCACCGAGGCAGCGAAGCCGCCCAUGGGGCCCACGUGCGGGAUGAGGACCACCAAGUGCCAGCUGCUGGCCACCAGCCUCUGCGCCAUGCUGCUGGGGCUGUCAAUUGCUGCAUUGAGCACAGUCACUCGCUUCGGGCCCCACUUCACCCUUAUCAGCAACAUUGCUUUUGAGAGCAACUCCUACAAAGUUAUCCACAACACAGCUUUCUAYGUCGGGAUGUAUCUCAGCAUGAUCCUGCUCCUGGCCGCCCUGCUCAGCUCUGUCGCCACCAUGCGGGAAUCGGAGUGUCUCACCGCCAUGGGAUUUCUGUGUUUUGCUCUUGCCUUUUGCGGAUUGAUACCAGCUGCCUUUUGGAGAUACACUCACAGGACAGAGGUGGAAGACRGCAUGAUGGACGUCUAUGACUUCGUGUACGAGGAGGUGAGGAGGAAUGCCUCCAGCUUCAGGAGGCAGGAGCUGGCUGCCAUCCAUGAAACAUUCCUGUGCUGCGGGAAGCGYUCCCCCUUCGGAGAAACGGGACAUGUGGAGCGCAGGACGUGCCCGCCAGGCCGCCCCGAGGCAGUGGAAGAGGAUUGCCUCCGAGAGAUCCAGGACUUCCUGAAGAAGCACAUGGGCUUUGUCUCAGCGCUGCUGGCCGUCGCCAUCUGUUUCGUGGUUUAUGGGAUGAUUCUGACUUCAUUCUUCUGCUUCUCCAUCCACUUCAGCAACAACCUCGACCGGAAAGGCAAAUACACCCUGCGAGAAAGGUAG